CCUGUCCUCUUUCCAGCUUCCGGCCGCUCCUCCCACCUGGCCACCCCGAUGCCCCCAGAGGCUCCUGCUGCUCCGGUGCUGCCCGUCAGUUACCGCCUGUCCCACACACGCCUGGCCUUCUUCCUUCGAGAGGUGCAGCCGCCGCCCCCACCUACAGCCAACAGCAGCGGCGGGGGGCCCCUGCAGCGUUCUGAACCUUUCGUCGUCUUCCAGACGAAAGAAUUGCCCAUCCUCAACGUAUCCCUGGGGCCCUUCAGCACCAGCCAGGUCCUGGCCAGGGAGCUCCUACAGCCUGCCAGCACUCUGGACAUCCCUGAGAGGCUGACUGUCAACUGGAAGGUUCGGGCCUUCAUAGUGCACCCUCGGGUGCCCGCCUCGCAGCCCGUGGCUCAGGUCUUGUUCUACGUGGCCGGCCGGGACUGGGACGACUUUGGGGCCACCGAGAGACUGCCCUGCGUCCGUUUGCACGCCUUCCGCAAUGCCCACGAAGUCAAGAGCUCCUGCCGCCUGAGCGGAGGGCUGGCCACCUGCCUGGUCCGGGCCGAGCUGCCGCUGGCCUGGUUCGGACCGCCUGCUCCGGCGGCCCCACCCCCGGCCCGCCGCAAGCCACCUGAAGGCCUGGAGCCCGAGCCUGGUGGGGAAAGCCAGCAAGCCGAACUCUACUAUAGACUGCACUCCCCCGAUGCCAAUGGGGGCUGUGGUGGGGAAGGGAGCCGCCGGGGCGGGGGAGGGGCCCGGGCCGAGGGCCCCACCCAGUACCCGCUCCUACGAAUAGGCAGCAUCAGUCUUUUCCGUCCGCCACCCAAACGGGCCCUCCAGGAGCAUCGGCUGGACGGCAACCUGGUCAUCCGCCUCCCAGACCGACCACUGAAACCUGGGGAGGUGUUAAGCAUCCUCCUCUAUCUGGCACCCAACUCCUCCUCCUCCUCCAGCCCCAGCGUGGAACAUUUCACCCUCAGGGUGAAGGCCAAGAAGGGAGUAACCCUACUGGGCACCAAGGCCCGAAGUGGCCAGUGGCAGGUAACUUCAGAGCUGCUCACUGGGGGAAAGCACUCGACCGCCACUGUGGAUGUGUCCAGAGCUCAAAGUGCCCCUUUGCUCCCCAGGGAGGGCGAGGGACCCCUGGAGAUCCUGCAGCUGGACUUUGAGAUGGAGAACUUCACCAGCCAGUCCGUGAAGCGCCGGAUCAUGUGGCAUAUCGACUACCGAGGUGGGAGCCCCUUGCCCGACCUAGAGAGGGCAGUGACUGAGCUGACCGUCAUCCAGAGGGAUGUGCAGGCUAUUCUGCCUCUGGCUAUGGACACUGAGAUCAUCAACACAGCCAUCCUGACUGGCCGGACAGUGGCCAUACCAGUCAAGGUCAUUGCUAUUGAGGUGACGGGCCAGGUUCUGGAUGUCUCCUCCCUGGUGGAGUGUGAGUCCAACAAUGAGGACAUCAUCAAGGUGUCCAGAAGCUGUGACUAUGUGUUUGUGAGUGGGAAGGAGUCACGGGGCUCCAUGAAUGCUCGGGUGACCUUUCGAUAUGAUAUCUUGAGCGCACCCCUGGAGAUGACUGUCUGGGUUCCCAAAUUACCCUUACACAUUGAGCUCUCUGAUGCCCAGCUCAGCCAAGUGAAGGGCUGGAGGGUACCCAUUCUCCCGGAGAGAAGGUCAGCUCGGGAGAGUGAGGAUGAGGAGGAGGAAGAGGAAGAGAAGCGUCAGAACCGGGGAUGUACUCUGCAGUAUCAACACUCCACGCUCCAGGUCUUCACCCAGUUCCAUACCACAUCCUCUGAGGGCACUGACCAGGUGGUCACCAUGCUGGGCCCUGAUUGGCUGGUGGAGGUGACUGACCUGGUCAGUGACUUCAUGAGGGUGGGCGACCCCCGUGUGGCCCAACUGGUGGACAGUAGCACUUUGGCUGGCCUUGAGCCUGGGAUGACCCCAUUUAAGGUUAUAUCUCCACUGACCGAGGCUGUCCUGGGAGAGACAAUGCUGACGGUGACAGAGGAGAAGGUCAGCAUCACAGAGCUCCGAGGCCAGGUGGUAGCCAGCCUCUCCCUCUCCCUCCGCCCCAGCCCUGGGAAUAGUCACACCAUCUUGGCUACAACGGCAGCCCAGCAGACCCUCAGCUUCCUCAAGCAGGAAGCUCUCCUGAGCCUCUGGCUGUCCUACAGCGAUGGCACCACGGCUCCACUGUCCCUAUACAGCCCAAGAGACUAUGCACUACUGGUCAGCAGCCGGGAUGAGAGGGUGGCCACCGUGACCCAGGACCGGGCCUUCCCGCUUGUGGUGGCCGAGGCUGAGGGCGAAGGCCUGCUCCUCCAGGCUGAUCUCACCAUUGCAGAGAGCUGUCAGAAAUCCAAGAGGAAGAGCAUCCUGGCCACAGCAGCUGUGGGGCUGCGAGUGCGCUUUGGGAAUGAGGAAGAGGACCCCACCUAUGACUACCCAGGCCCCAGCCAGCCUGGCCCAGGUGGGGGUGGUGGAGAUGGUGAGGAUGAGGCCAUGGGACCUGGCCACCCAGGCACUGCCUACCCUCAGGGACCACCUACACCAGGUACUGCUGGCCCUGCCCAUACUCCAACAGAGGAUUUCCCACCCAUCCCCACUGGCUUCACCCAGAUGCCCCGGGGGCUGACGGACCUGGAGAUUGGCAUGUAUGCCUUACUAGGUGUCUUCUGCUUGGCCAUCCUUGUCUUUCUCAUCAAUUGUAUUGUAUUUGUACUCCGGUAUCGGCAUAAGAGGAUCCCCCCUGAGGGCCAGACCAGCAUGGACCAUUCCCAUCAUUGGGUCUUUCUGGGUAAUGGGCAGCCCCUAAGGGCCCAGGGUGAGCUCUCACCACCUGCAGGCAACCCUCUGGAGGCCGUGCCUGCCUGCUGCCAUGGGGACCACCACAGCAGUGGCAGCUCCCAGACCAGCGUCCAGAGUCAAGUUCAUGGGAGAGGGGAUGGCAGCUCAGGGGGUUCAGCCCGGGACCAGGCUGAGGACCCAGCCAGCUCUCCCACAUCCAAGCGCAAGCGGGUCAAGUUCACCACUUUCACCACAAUGCCCUCUGAGGAGCUAGCCUAUGACUCAGUGCCCGCUGGGGAGGAGGAGGAGGAGGAGGAGAACCUGAGGUGGGGCUGCCCAGAUGUGGCAGGGGGCACAUUGGCUGCCCCCCAGGACCUGCAUAACUACAUCCGCAGAAUCAAAGAGAUUGCUUAG